AUGUCUACGAAUACACCGAAGCGAAAUAAUCGUCGAGCAACAAUUUUUGUCACUGGACCACAUUCAAAACGAACAAUUUAUGAAGAAGAUGAAGAACAAGAGAAGAUGGUCAGUUUACAAGAUGUGAGUCCUAUUUUUUUAAUUACACAGUAUAUCAAAAGGUAAAAAACAAAUUUCAGAUUGAAUUAGCAAGGCAGCGGCUUCAAAAAGAUAUGGUUGUUAUGAAUACGGCGAAUAGUAUCGAAAUAUUGGUUCAAAUUGUAAUGGAUGAAUGUGAAAUUAUUCGUCAUAAUUUAAGAGAAUCUGGAAUUAAAAUGCGCACAUUUUUCCGAAAAAAUUAUGAUUUAUUUCAUCAGUGGAUUUUCAAAUUUUUCGUGAAGAAUCGGAGAUUAUUGGAAUAUAAAAGGGAUGAGGAGAUGAUUCUGAAUACAUUGGAGAAAAGUUCAGUAGAGCGAUAUUCUUGGAAACCUCCCAGAUAUACUUUAAAUGAUGUUGAAGAAGUUAUGACAACUGAUGAUUUAGAAGAUGGUAUUUAAAUUCGUUUUUUUUGUUUGGAUUUCUAAAUAAUCAUUUUUCAGGAAUUAUUCAACGCCGAACACCAAAAUGGGAAAGUCUUCCAGUUCGAGUUAGAAAUGAGCCAAUCGAAGAUGAUAGUUUUUGCGAGUUCCGAAAACUCAAUCAACCAAUGAAUAUGAUACUUGAAGAUGAAGAUGAGGAUAGAUUGAGUAUGCCAAGUACAAGAACAGUUCAAACACAAGAAGAUCAAAUGCAAGCAAUUCAAAUGCAACUCGCAAUGCUUUCCAAACAAUUAAUGACUCUUCAAAAAACGAAUGCAGUUAGUCAUGUUAGUUCAAGAGCAAGUUCGAGAAAAGGAACAAGAAGGAUUGAGAAAAAAUCAUCGAUUGAUAUUACAUCUUCUCCAUCUUCAUCAUCCUCGUCAGUUUCUUCGGAUAUUUCAGAAGAUGAAGGAAAAGGACCAUCAUUAUAUAGUCCAACAACAGCCAAAAAAGUUGAAACACUUCCACCAAUUGUUGUUGCACCGAUUGCUCCUCCACCACCUCCGCCACCAACAACUACGAUUUUAAGAUUUGGUGCACCAUCAAAAGCUGAAAUUACACCGAUUACACCGAAUAAAAAGUCUCCGAUGAAGGAAAAUGUGGAUAAUAAUAGUGAUAGACCAUAUUUGAUGCAAAUUGCGAAUGGAAGAAGUUUGUUGAAGAAAACUGCGAGGUGAGGGAAUUGAAAAAAAAAAUAUAUGAAUAAGGAAAAUCGAAAAUGACUGAUAAAAAACUUAGAAUAAAAAAAUAAUGGCUAGGUCACGUGCUAUGUUUUCCCAAUCAUGUUCAUUUUUAUUUUUCAUUUUCAGAUCUCCCGGCGGUUCUCCACUCAACGCAAUUCAUCAAUCUCGUCGUCAUCUUUCAACAUUCGAGGCUGCUCUUCGUGACAGAUUCCGCGGUUUUCACGGCGAAGGUUCAUUUUCAGAACAAGAAGAUGAUGCAAAUGCCACGUGGGAUGAAGAAUAA